AUUGUCAUCUCCACAAUGUCAUUUUUUAUAACAUUGACAUUUAUUUUGAAAUGAUGACAUUAUUAUAUUACUAAUUACUUGACAAUGAUGUGUUAUCUAUGACAGUCGCACCAUUUUAAUAUAAUUUUGAUAAUAUUAACAUUAUUUAUUGUGUUAAACGCAUAAGAUUGAGAAGUCAAAUUAGGAGACUGAAGGGAAAACUAUCAAAUAAGCCCCUCUACUUUUUAAAAAAAUCAAUUAGACCCCCCAACUAAAAUUUCACUCAAUUAAACCCUCGAACCUCUUUUUAAAAUAGCAAAUCCCCCCUUUUAACCGAUAGCUCCCAAAUCCCGGUUAGAUUGCACAUGUGGCGUAUGACAUGGCUUUUUUCCUUUCUCUCUUUUUCUUUUUCUCUUUCUUUUUCAUUUUCCUUUUCCAUUUCUUUCCUUUCCUCUGCUUCUUCACUCCCGCACCCUUCUUCCCUGCGCACACCUGCACUUAUUUUCUUCCUUUCCCGUUCUCUUCUUUCCCUACUUCUCCUGCCUCACUUCACCCUUCUCACCUUCCUCCGCCUUCACUCCAGCUCCCUACUUCUCCUCCGUCGACCACGGUGGGACCGAAUUGAAGCUGCGGCAGAUCUGUAAAAGGCCGGCCUUGAGGUCUCACGGAGCACCGUCUCCGAACCGGAAGCUUCAACGGAGCACCUUCACUGACUUCCAAGCCAUCCAAUCGAGGGAAGAGGACGACAGACCCAGCGAGGAGGCGUCCGCCACUCCGACGUGCGAUGGAUACUCCAGAAUCUCCGAAGACGAGGGUUUGUCUCAAGCAACGGUGUGAAGGGACGACGACCGGUCGGUGGGAAUUGGGAGAGGAAAGAAGAAAAUGGGAGAAGAAAGGGUGAAGGAGGAAGGGGGUUGCUGGAAGCCUGUUACGGGCGUAGGAGGAGGAGAAAGGGGAAGGACUAAAGCCAAGGAGAAGGGAAAAAGAAAGGAAAAAGAAAAUGGAAAAAAAUGAAAACUGCCACGUGGGUCACCACGUGUGCACAGUAACCGGGUAAGCAAUUCAUUACCGGUAAAAAGGGGAGAUUUGCCACUUUAAAAUAGGUUGGAGGGUUUGAUUGAGCGAAAUUUCAGUUGGGGGGUGUAAUUGAUUUUUUUUAAAAGUAUGGGGGCUUUUUUGAUAGUUUUCCCGAGACUGAAAUUUUGCCGGAAGAAACCUGCAUCCGGACCUGCGAUGAUGGAUUUCGUAUGUCGCCUGAUGCAUCCCCCCAUAUAAUUUAUAUGUACAGAUUGUAUCACUUUUAUUCGUCAAAGGGCAACUGCAUUAUGGUAGGUGUAAAAUUGAAACCUAGGGUUCCCGAAGACAUUAAUGGGAUUACCCUUGACCCGCAACCCGAUUGGAGCUUUGAUGCUCUGUUAUUGGAGCUCAGUUCAAUUGAAAGGAAGGUUGCUGCAUCUCCAAAGUUUCCAGCAUAUACCAAGAUAUGUUCUCGGGAACAUUAUGAUUCAAAGAGUGGUGCUCUGCGGCAGGGUUUUGUUAUGAAGGCGCCAAGUGAUUGUGAAGAUGAGGUUUCUGAACAAUCUGUCACUCCAGGCAUGCAAAUUACUUGUGAUAACCUUUAUUCAAGGGAACAUUAUGCUUCAAAGAGUGGUGCUCUGCGGCAGGGUUUUGUUAUGAAGGCGCCAAGUGAUUGUGAAGAUGAGGUUUCUGAACAACCUGUCACUCCAGGCAUGCAAAUUACUUGUGAUAACCUUUAUUCAAGUGAUGGUCAAAUUUCCGAAGAUGAGGCAUCUUUUGAAGUAGACCUGCAUCCAAUGGAAAGAGUUGGGUGGGUGGAAGGCGCUUUGUCUGCGCUAACUUGUGAGCAUCGCCUUAACGUUAUGGAAAAUGUGAGAAACAAAAUAUCAGCAUUUCAAACAGCUCUGUUGGAUGAGCACCAUAUAUUUUCAUCUAAGCUUCAAAUGGUUGAGAAGGAUUAUGAAGCAGUAUCGAAAAUAGAUCGAUGGCUUGACAUGCAGUAUCAGCGCAAAACUGCAGAAGCACUUGAAGAUCACUUGAUAUCGGUACGAAGGGAUCAUGAACAUAGAUCCCAAAUAGAAGAAAGGAGAAUAAGACAUGAUGCAGCCCUUGAAUUGGCUGAAAGAACAGAGAAGGCUUUUAAGGAAGAGAUAUGGCUAGAAACAAAUAGAACAGAGCAAGAGGUACAGCCUAAGGUAAUAGAGGAUGUUGGAAAGAAAAAGGAAAAAACAGUAGAACUGGAAGCUCAGAGAAAAGACGUUGAAGAGGCUGCAGAGGAGAAUACCUCUGAGAAUGUUAAGAAUAUUGCUACUGGCCAUCACAAGGUCUCAGACCAGGCAGCGGAGUUCGGACAGAAUGUGCAUAAUUCAUCACAAUCAGCAAGUUCAACACACUUCGGGUCAGCUGAAAUGACUAAUCAAGAAGUAUGCAAGUCCCAACUUGAAAGCAUGGGCAAAGGGAUUUCCCAGUUUCAGCUACUAGUACCAGGACGUAGUAUAAAAGCUGCAAAAAACGCAUUGGAUAUAGAGAAGGAAAGAUCUAUGUUGUAUAUGGAAUUAAUUGUAAAGAACGAGGCGUUGGGGUUAGGCACUAAAACGGAAUAUAAAAGACAUGAGAUUGAAAUCCGUAGAAGGUUAAGAAUCAUAUCAGGUUUGGAACAAAAUGUAAGGGCCAAAGCGGACAAUUUGAUUAAGUUAAUAGAUUAUUCACCAUAUCCUACCAUAAGCAUUGCAAUCUUUGCAAAAGAGAUUAUCAACCGGUUCCUCUUGCUAUGGAUAUUAUCCUUGCUGAAUUGAACAAAAAUUGCAUCUACACAGUUCCAAAGCAUUUAAUGUACUCUCAGUCAGACUUCUUGAACCAAAGAGCUUACUGUAUAGCUAUUGGAUAUCAAGUAGAAGAAGAUGGGAAGAUUGAAACUGAUAGUAGUUACCUAAAUCGGUUAUGUGCCUACAUGAAACUAUACUGGGCUAUUGUUCAGACUGAAGUUGAAGGGUUCCAGAACAUGCAUGGGCAUCGAGAAGGUUGGGCAUGGUUGGCUAGACUCUUAAAUGCAGUUCCGGCAAACGUGUACACUGUUGUGGCCUUAAACGCUUUUCUUGAAGUUGCUGGUUUUGGGCUACACAGAAGAUAUAAGCAUCAUUUUGAGAAGCUAUUGAACAUCCUCACUAGUAGAGACUUCUUGAAAGCUUUGGACGAAGGUCUUCAGUCACACAUAGUGGUCACUGAGCUCCAUAGUUAUUUUGAGUCAAAGGGUGGACAUCUAGCAGAUCACCUACUUUCAAACACUGCUGUAAUAAGUAUAAACACUUGUGUUGCAUAGAGUUGCUUCUAAGUUGUUACAGUUGAAGAUUGAGGCUUUUGAUAAAAAUCUGAACUUCUUAGGACUUGUUUAUGUUUUUAAUCAUUUGUGUAGAACUGAGAUUCAGACGUGUUCGUGUAUGAA